AUGAUCCAGAGAGAGAUCAUUUACACACCUGGGUUGUGGAAAAUUUUUGAUGAAAUUCUGAUUUACACUGUAAAGAACAAAGAUCGCGACCCUGAGAUGGACACCAUAAAGAUUGACAUUGAUCCGAUUAAAAAAGAAACAGUAACUGGUGGUCUCAAUUGCUAUGGAGCUAAACUAGGAAAUAUUUUCAGCACUGCAUUUGAAUUGGAAACAGCAUCGAAAGAUUUAUGCCUAAGAUUCAAGCAGACCUGGACUGACAACAUGACUAUAGCUGAGACUCCAGUAGUUGAACCGUACUCUGGACCUAACCACACCAAGAUAUCUUUCUCCCCUGAUUUGGAUAAGUUUAGAAUGUAUUCCCUGAAUAAGGACACAAUAGCACUUCUGUCUCGCCCUGCUUUUGAAGUAGCCGCUUCUACUCCUGGCGUAAAUGUAUACUUAAACGACAAUUCUCUUCCUAUCAACACCUUCAAAGAGUAUGUGCAUCUCUGUCUGAAGGGUAAAGUAGAUUGCCUUUGA